UUGUGGAACCUAACUUUCUCUCACUACAACUGCUGCCGUCUUCUCUCUCACACCUUUUCGCCGAUACUCAUACAGCACUUACAGAUCGGACUUGGCUAAACAGAGAUCGAAACUUCUUCAUCUGUGAUUCUUCAAACUGAAAUUGAUCUGAAUCCGCUAAGCUCAAGUAUGCGCAUCUUCAGAAAUUGUCUUGGAUGCUGUUCUCAGCCCCCUCUGAUAAUCGCGGUGGAUGAACCAUCCAACGGACUCAAAAUUCAAGGUCGAACGGUGAAGAAAGCAAGCAUUUCCGAGGAUUUUUGGAGCACUAGUGCAUGCGAGGUGGAUAACAGUACAUUCCAAUCCCAAAGAAGUAUGUCAUCUAUCAGUACAUCAAAUGCACCACAGGAUGUCAGCACUUCGGCUGGAAGCUCAAACCACCCUACUGAAUUUGUAAAUCACGGUCUUCUUCUUUGGAAUCAAAUAAGGCAGCAGUGGAUAGCGAAAAAGAGUUCCAAAAAUCGUAAAGAAGCUCACGAGCAGAAGAUAAGUCCAAGUGCAUCUUAUGAGAGUCUUCUUGGAACAAACAAGCCAUUUCCCACUCCCAUUCCGCUACCUGAAAUGAUAGAUUUUCUGUCUGAUACAUGGGAACAGGAAGGAUUGUAUGAUUGAGGCUGCCAAAAACAAGUAACUACUAUUUCCCUUCCUCUUUUACUAAACCAUAAACAUUUUAUGAGGUUUUUCAUUAGGCAUUUUGAUUGUUAGCAUUUGAGAACUAAGUCAAAAUGUUGAUGAGUUGUAAACAUUAAUUUUAUGGUUUGUAAAACAAAUUUACUUUGGGGGUCAUAUAUUAGUGUGUCAAUAUUGGUAACUGUAUGUGUAUAUAUAUGGCCUUCCCUUUUCUCUAACCAAAUACUUUAUGGUUAGUGAAAAUGGAAAAGUGAGAAAACCAUAGUUUUAUUGAGCAAAUGCUUGUAAGAUGAAACAACUCCACUUGAUUUACAUGUUGAAGUAUCUUAUUUAUUUUGAAA